AUGUUCAACUCUCCAGACGGCGGCGGCUUGACGGCCGCUGAGACCAAGGUCGCCCGUAAAUGGCGAGGGAAGCUCUUCUCCCGCGACAAAGACAUCAAGUUGACCUCCAGAGACGAGCAGAUUGACGAUUUCCUGGCGUCUUCGCGCCCGCCCGUCCGCCAUGACGUACACCACGUACAGCCGCCACCGCAACAGACACAACCAGCACCUGGAUCUCACCCUGCGUCGGCCAGGAAUCCGCCCAGACUAGACGUCUCUGUCUCGCAGCGAUGGCCUGGUGCUGCAUCGUCGCCAAUCUCUAACCCUACAAACAGCUUCUCGCCCGUGGAUCGUCGGGGAAACGGGGCCGGACACGCCUUUGGAAGCCCUGGUGGUGCCGGUGCAGGUACUGGUUCUGCCAUCGGGAAUGGGAAUGGAAGCGGCAUGAAGAAGAAGCGACGACGAUGCGAGGGUCUACGGGUUACCUUCUGCGAUAAACCGCCGGCCGUCAUGGGCGAGGGAGGCGAGGAGGCCGACGCUCCCACGCAGGAGAUAUCGCUUUAUCGUGCACGCUCCAAUUCGUCCACAUCACAAUUCACAGACGGGGCUGAUGGAGGUUCUUCAGACUCGGGAUACCACGCUGGUUCCCCGGAUACAGCAAGACAGCCGACGUUGCCUUCAUUUGCCGUCUCGGGCCCAGGAGCUGAUGCAGGCGAAGAUGGGUUCAGGGCCAAGAAGCAGACAUCGCCAGACAUGCGCAAUGCACAAAACUCGGAUUUUCUCUUAUCAAUCAGUGCGCAGCCUAAAGGGUCACGGCUGUCAUGGAGGGAUACGAGCGAGGAGUCCUCCUUUGCAGAGCGGAUACGGGCCAAGAUGAGAGAUGAGGAAGGGUUGGCGAUGAAGAAGGCCCUGGGCGGUUCACAGACGGCUGAGCCGAUGGAACAGGAACACCAACGCUCCCCUGAGAAGACUAUGCCUGGGAGCUAUGGCAGGGACCGUGAGAGGGAUCGUGACAGAGAUUACGAUCGAGACUACGACAGGAAUCGUGCAAGGGAUCAUGAUCGAGACUAUGAUAGGAACCGUGACAGGGAUUAUGAUAGGAACCGUGAUAGAGAUCCCGAUCGAGGAUACGGUAGAGACCGCGAUAGAGGUGGUGGCUACGAUAGGGUUGUUGACAGGAGCCAUGGCAGGGAACCUGAACGACGUGAUAACCAUGAAAAGGACUACGACAAAAGUGGUGGCCAAUCAGGGAGCCCUCAGGAACCGGCCAGCGCGAAAUCUGGUCUAUCCUUCUGGAGCAGCGUCAUGGCUGCAUUGCCAGACGAAAAGAACAAGUCACCCGAUAGAUACUCUCCUCCACCGAAUCUAGCUCGUACUAAAAGCGUGAAACAACCAUCUCCGCCUCCCUAUGUCCGAACGGAAUCCAAACAAGGAUUUCACAAUGAGACACCACAGCCUGACAGACUACAGCCCGAGAGACCGGCGGACAUGGGCCACCAUUCCAAGAAUUCCUCCACCUCGUCAGCCAAACUGAGGAACAUGGCUAAUAUGGUUGGAGAUGCUGCAUUGGCCGAAUUCUCAACAUACGUUGACCAGUAUACUCCGCUCUUCUCGCGGGCUGCAGAAAACGUGAAACCCAUGAUGGAAACGUCUCUUUCGGAGUGGGUUCGUGCCAGCGUAUGGUGGUUCAUCAAGGGCAGAGCAGAGCUAGAAGCCUUCAUGCGCACUCGGCCGUCUCCCAAUCCAGCCAACGGAAGGCAAUCGCCAGUAACGGAACAGUCGCAACAAGCUAUCGUCAACUUGGCCAAGGCAUGGUGGAUCAGUCAACAGCUCAUCCCCCAGCACCCAGAGCUUGCCAAAUUUGGUAGAAUGAAGCCAGAUAUGCUACUUGCAAUGGCGCAGUCGAUGAGCAACGAUACCCUUGUCAGUCAUAUCAGCAUCCAUCAAGCUAUCAUCAGCCACCUGCGUGCCUUGUCCAUGUCCAUGCAACGGAACAGGAUCAUUCCUUCACCCACAGAUCAGUCCGUCGGACUAUCACAGCACAUCGACACCUCUAUUUGGAUCCGAUACCCGUUCUUCGCGCCGGGUAUAUCGUCCGUGCUUUCAGGCUCAGGUUCAAGGUCCAUGCUGGUAGACCACUCUACCAAAAAACCCGAUAUAGGCGAGACGAUGCCCAUAAGUGACACAAACCGUCACUUCUGCUAUGGCCGAAUGUUUGUCGAAGUCUGUCUUAGUUCCAGCGAUGAUGACCAAGAGCAAUAUGCCAUACCGUGCAUGCUAUCCAUAACCCGCGACAGGUCAGAUUGGCACGUCAUUGCAACACUCACAAGCCAAAACGAGCUCGUCAACUUGACCAUACAGACUGAUAAGAAACAGGGCCCAACGUGGUCCGAUAUCGACUGGCAAGUUCGCUUUAACUCUCUCACCCUUCGCCUCCCCCGCGGAUUUGAACUAGACAUCAAGUUCCAGGAAGCGGAUUUCAAAAUGCUUUGGAAAAUCGUCGAAUAUACGCGCAAAGUACAAGAGGAUAUGAAACCCACCGCUGGAGAAAGGAUGGUGUUCGCUGAUAUCCUUAAAGUCUUCCAAUAUACGGAGAGCUCACCGAACAAGACAUUCCCUGCCGAACCUACCCAACGCUGCAGGAUACAGCUAUUUGAAAAGACGGUCAAAAUCACCGAGGGGACAGGCACACGCGAAUCACACCGCGGUUUCCGCUUCUUCGCCGUCACCAGUCCCAAGGUGAAAACUCUCAGUAGCGUCUCGCAUGUUCUGGGAGGCGGCGCCCCUAUCACAUUCGGCUACCUACGUGGUGACGACGGGGCACCAGCAAUGAUGCUCAAACACUUUGAGAAAGGCGUCGAGCACUCCAUGCUACUUACUUUUCAGGACACCGAAGUUCGCGCAAACAUGCACUCUUUGCUCAUCGGUAUCGCAACGUCGGAGUCAGAAGCGAAGUCGCCCGACCUCUCCCUACAGUCGUUUUCAAUGAUACAAGGCAUCGAUCCGCUUGGAAACUCCGGCGGCAGCACCGGUUCCCGAACAACCUAUCUGAAAUUCGACAAUUGUACUGCAUCUGUCAUCAACACGAGGCCAGUAAACAAGCAAGGCGUGCCAUGUACCGUCCUCUCAGAGCGACUGCGUGUCUUCGUCAGUUCAAGCUGGGGCUCCGUUACGGAUAGGAUUAACAUUGGGCCUGGCGAUUUGAAAAUAAGCCUUGAUAUUAAUGUUCCCACUGUGUUGAGCGUGAUUAGGCCGCCGCAGCAAGAUUUGGCGGUUGCUGUAGCGGAGAAUAUGAUUCCAAAGGAGGUACCAUCGCAGAUGACAGAUAUGCUUGCCGUUUCGAGAGUGAAGCCGAUUAUUAGGAAGUACAAAUUCUCGACGCUACAAGACAUGCAUCAAUUCCAGCAAGGCAUCACCGGAUUCAAAGUUUUGUUUGACGGGUAUGCAUCGAUGUUCGCCAUCGCCCGCCGACGCAUGGUAGUCCCCAUCUACAAGAAAUGGGAAGCCUCCCGAGCCCGUCUCCAAAUCAUCCAACAAGAGAAGAACGUCCAACUAGUCGCCUUCCUAGCCGGAUUCAGUCAUGGCAGGAGCAUGAAUUUCGUCCUCAAGAGCACCGAUAACUUUGAAAGUUUCAACCGCUCAGGUAAAUAUGGCAUUAAGAUUGUUGAUGCCAAGUUUGCGCUGCCCAAGAACAGCGAUGAUGAGUCGGCCGAUUACGUCUGCUUGGAUAUGCCGGAAUAUCCUGGCGAGCAUGACGAUAUCACUAUUGGCUUUGACUCGGAGAAUGAUCGGUAUAAUUUCCAAUCGGCAGUGCCUGGUACCAGUUAUCUGGCUGUCGUAUAUCCUCAUAUAUCAACAAUCAUCUAUACCGCUGGACUGGAGGUAUAUAUCAUGGCAGAGGAAAUCCAGAAUAGCUUCGCCAGGAUGGACUUGGAAGGGAGGGGCAGGUCAACUAUUGCUCUACACGCCGAUGACCCCCUGAAUAACGUCACGGACGUGUCUCCUCCAAUUCACUUGUCUACGACCUUUAGAUACACAGACAACCCUGACGAGCUGGUUCCCGAGUCUGAGAUCGAUCAUGGGAAGCAAGAGAUCAACAAGUUCGUCUACUCCCGCUGCAGUGCACCGAACAGCACCCGCUUCGAGACCAUCCUCUCCCCGCUGGUGAACGGACACUGUCUCGCAUAUUCAUCUGGUCUCUCGGCCCUGCACGCUGCCCUAGUGUUCUUCAACCCACGCCAUAUCGCCAUCAGGGGGGGAUACCAUGGUAGUCACGGUGUGAUUAGUGUCCUUUCACGUCUCACAGGCUUGAAGAAGCUAGAUAUUGACUGUCCCGCCGAAGAGCUGGAGAAAGGCGAUGUCAUCCUCGUCGAGACACCUCUCAACCCCCAUGGCACCGCUUCUAAUAUAGAGCAUUAUGUGAAGAAGGCCCACUCACGAGGAGCAUAUGUUCUCGUCGAUAGCACGUUCGGGCCACCUGGUCUUCAGGAUCCGUUCAAAUGGGGCGCAGACAUGGUCAUGCAUUCAGGUACCAAGUACCUCGGAGGCCACAGUGACAUGCUGUGUGGUGUGCUAGUCACCCAGCGCAAGGACUGGUACGCAUCUCUCUUUGAAGACAGACUAUUUAUCGGCAGUGUCAUGGGCAACCUAGAGUCCUGGCUGGGUAUUCGAAGUCUGAGAACGCUGGAGAUCCGUGUCCAGCGACUGAGUCAGAAUGCCACCAGCCUCGUAUCCUGGCUCGAUGCUGCUCUGCACAAGGGCAAGGAAGGUGCAUCUGAGACUACUGUCACAGUCACAGACGAGGAGGCCAACCUUGUCCAAAGGACGGUGGCUAGCGUCACCCAUUCCAGUCUACAGAAGGACGAUAUGGAAUGGCUAUCAAAGCAGAUGCCCAACGGGUUUGGGCCGGUCUUCUCUAUCAUGAUGAAAGAAGAGAAGUUUGCACGCGACUUCCCAUCGAAGCUGCACUUCUUCCAUCAUGCUACUAGUCUUGGUGGCGUGGAGUCGCUCAUUGAAUGGCGUGCGAUGAGUGAUGCUACGGUCGAGAGAGAACUACUCAGGGUCAGUGUUGGGUUGGAGAACUGGGAGGACCUGAAGGCCGAUAUAGUUGCCGGGUUGAAGGCCAUUGUCGAGGCAUAG